GCCGACCCUUAUACAUAGGAUCAGCGUCAGGGCGCGUAUAAUUGUGCUCAGACUGACAGUCAUGGGCAGAUCUUUGGACCAAUGAUCUGUGGGGGGAGUAAGUCGGCCGCCCCCAGCGCCGUCUCCGGCCUCCACGCGGGUCUGCCGGACCUGCUGCAGUCUGUGCCGCGCCCAGUGCCCUCCAGUGUCGUCCGAACGGCGUCCGGCAGCGAUCGGAGGAGCAUAGGGCCGGCUGCCGAGACUGAAGAGGCUCGGCUCUCCACGGCAGAGGUGCCGAACCACGUUCGGGAGGGCCCGUCGGAGCAGACACUGGCGCGUUGUGGAGCCCAGCUCAGACGAGUGGCCGACCAGCUGCACCAAGCACACCAGCCCGCCGACAGGAUCUGGCGGCGGUUGGAGACGCGGUUGGACCUGCAGCACGUUCUCUGGACCUCGUUGGCCGUCCAUAUGGCCUACACAGCCAUGAAGGUGUCUACCUGAGCGGAUGAAAUCGAAGGACACACGGCCAACUGAACCCGCCGUCCCACUACACUGCCAGAGUGGGCACGUUUAUAUGAAUCACAACUCCAGUUUAUGGGAUGGGACGUGCCACAUGUGUGUAAAUGUAUAAUGGAGAUGCAAGUGCAAGUGAACUCAACCACAGAAGUAAUGGAGAUAAACGAUAGUGAACAAACACACUUGUGAUGACUCUUGUAUCGAGGAAAAGGCUUUGGGAGAUAUCAUCUGUCGUGUGAACUUCGUGUAUUCACCCUUUGAUGAGAUCAUUGAAAUGAACUGUUCUAUUGAAAUUGGAAGCCAAAUGAAAAUUAAGUGGCUAAUUUAAAACAUUUUUUCAUAUUUACUUGGCGUUUGUUAACGAUGUUUUUUAUCAUUUCAAAUGAAUAAAUCUAGUCAGGCGUACCCAAUGUACAAACAAUGUUUUUGCUAAAUAUGACUUGUUUAAAGAAACGUUUAGCAUAGCGAGAUAUCACAUUGCACACACUCAUAGAUUUAAACAAUGCUCCUCCAAGUCUAGUCAUUCAUCACGCCAGUCAUGUUGCCGUUUACAUACUUAUUUAUUUGCGGUAUUCGGAAUGCGUUCAAUGAUGCGGCACAACUUCAUGUUUUGUUAUUAUAUUUGUGCUUGACUUGCGAACUGCAGGUGUGGCCAGGCUGCUUCGCGGAAAAAUGUCGUGUAUGCGAGCGAGGUGUGACAUCUACACGUUGUCGAUGUGUUCGUUUGUAAAUAAACUUUUGAUAUC